AUCUGUACGUCUUAUGCUUUUAACACUUGCUGUGAUGUCUUCUGUCGAGAACGGGGGAAUGACAGCAACAAGCCAAAGUAGAGCAUCUCGAUGUGGAAAGGUCCUCUUGGCCAGCGAUAUAGUCAACCUCAAUAUGCUUUCUAGAAUUGUCGGGGGACGUCCAGCUGGUAAAGGCCAGCACCCAUGGACGGUUUCUUUAAAACGUAAGGCAAAUCACUUCUGCGGAGGGACCAUAGUCACCUCGACCCAGAUAAUUACAGCGGCUCAUUGUGUGACAGACAGAAAUGCGUUGAAUAACAUACAGGUUUCCGUUGGAGACCAGGAUUUCACAGUCACUGAACCAGCACAAAAGAUAUUUUCCGUCAAAUCUAUAAAGAAGCACCCACAGUUCAAUCCGGGCAAACCAAUCAACUUCGAUAUUGCAAUUCUUGAGCUGAAUGGCCAAAUAACUUUUGAUGAUAGAAUACAGCCAGCAUGUCUACCAACCAUAGACGAGGUGUUUCAGCCUGGUUUAUUGUGUGUUGCUCUUGGAUGGGGGCGUUUGCAAGAAAAUGGUAGGAUCCCUUCCAUGUUAUAUGAGGUUUCCUUGCCUGUCAUCGAUCCCAGAACGUGUACGUCUGUGAUGGCAACUCUAAAAGGAUCCUUGAAGUUUGAAACUAUUAUAUGUGCAGGGUUCCCCGAUGGAGGGAAGGAUGCAUGUCAGGGUGACUCAGGAGGCCCCCUGGUGUGCCAACGAAGCCAAGGAAGCUGGGUUUUAGCUGGUGUCACUUCUUGGGGAAUGGGAUGUGGUCGUAAGUGGAAAAAUAAUGCCUCCCUGAAGGUUAGCAAGAGAGGAUCUCCAGGGAUCUUCACAGAUCUUCGGAAAGUGCUCAGCUGGGUCUCAGUGAAUCUUAACCAAGACACAGCCAACGCAAUCCGCUCAGAAGACAGUUGCAGUAUUAAGGAUGGGAUAUUGGAUGGAAAUGAAGGAGAGAUAAUAUUUCCUGAAGAACCGCAGACACACUACACAAACAAUGAGCUCUGUGAAUGGACUUUGAAAGUCCCCACGGGAAUGAUGAUUUUACUUAAUUUCUCUCGUUUUGACUUGGAGUCAGAUGUUGCGUGCAAUCUGGAUUACCUGGCCAUAUAUUCAGAGGAAGGACAACUCAUCGGAAAGUAUUGCGGCGACAUACUGCCAAGACCGAUCUUAAUUUCUUACAACAUCAUCACAUUAAAAUUCUUCUCCGAUUUUCAAGAAUAUGGGACUGGGUUUGCCUUGAAUUACUCUGCCGUAGAACGUAAUUCUUACCAAGAUUCUAAAUGUGGAUCAAUGGCUGUCCACUUUGAGGAGGGAGAAAUACAAAGUAUGAAUUACCCCAACAAUUAUGCUAGCUUUGCUAACUGCUAUUGGGUCAUCCACGCCCCCAAAUAUUUAAACAUCAAGCUAAGCUUUGAAGACUUUGAGGUUGAAGCCGGCACUAACUGCUCUUACGACAAUGUUACGGUUUAUCAAGAUCUAGAAGCAGAAGAUGAGAUUGGCGUUUUUUGUGGAUUUUCUAUUCCCCCGAGUGUCACCAGCUCUGGCAACAUCAUGCACAUAAAAUUUACCACGGAUGCGACUGAGAACUACAAAGGCUUCCGUGCAUCCUUCUCUUUUGUGACAUCAAGUUACAAGACCUGUGGAACUCCUGCCACACCGCCCAGGUUUAUAUACAGUAAGUUAGUUGGAGCACAAGAGGCCAUGCCUAAUUCGUGGCCCUGGCAUGUCAGCUUACAGUACAGAGCAGUACAUAUAUGUGACGGCGUAAUCCUUUCUGAAUACUGGGUCUUGACAUCUGCCAGCUGUGUGUAUGACAAAAAAGAAUUGCCUGUAAUGUUGCUGGUGGUCGCUGGGUUGCAUGAUCUUUCUCAUUCGGAAAAUAUUCAGAAGCGUUCAGUGAAGCAAAUAUUUGUCCACGCCGAGUUUAACAGGAAGUCAAUGAACUAUAAUAUUGCUCUGCUCCAAGUACAAGAACCAUUCCAAUUCAACCUGUUUGUUCGCCCAAUAUGUCUGCCAGACAAAGACACUGAGGCCAAGGCUUCAAUGCUGUGUGUGGUCUCUGGAUGGGGUCUUCAAGGGAACGUACUGGAGGCUACAAAACUGCAACAACUUGAAGUUCCAAUCCUUCUGAAUGAUAUUUGCAAAGCGUACUACGCAAGCCGUCCUGGGGGGAUCACAGAUCAGAUGUUCUGUGCUGGGUUUCCAGCAGGAGAUAGGAAUGAUACUUGCACAGACCGAUCUGGUGGACCACUGGUUUGUCUGAUGGAUAAUACAAGAUACUUCUCAGUUUUUGGAAUCGUGAACUGGGGGGUUAACUGUAGGGAAAACCCCAAUCCUGGAGUCUACACUAACGUUUUCUCAUUCAUUGAUUGGAUUGGUCAAAUAAUAAAUGGAUCAGCCACAGAAUCGAACAAAACAAUUGGUGAGCUUCCAAAUACAUUUCUCAGGGGAGAUGAAGGAGACGAACCCCCAAUAUCAAAUAACACCAUUUUAUAUAAAGAUCCUUCUUCUAAUGUGUCCUCGGAAGGUGUUUAUUUUGUUGCUGGCUGUGAAGAUGUGAUUUUGUUGCAGCCAGGAGACAUUAAACUAGAUACAAACGGUCAGGCAUAUCCCAGUGGCUUCAGCUGCCAAUGGAGAAUCAUUGCCCCAAAAGAUCAAGUCAUCAAGCUGGACCUCAAACUAUUGCAUAUGCCAACAGAAUCGAAAAAAAAGUGCUGUAAUUCUUUGGUGGUUUACGAUGGAAUUUCCAAUGGUAAAAUAUUGAAAGCCCAGCUAACUGAUGACAUGGUUCCGUGUACUGUAUGGUCUGAAAGUUCUGCUGUUACUGUAGCAAUCUCAACCAGCUCUGGGAAUCCUCAGCUCCAAUUGUUGCUGGUCUAUAGUUUCCACAGCAAGGAAUAGUCACUUCUGGAGGUCUCUCUAGGUGACACGCAGUGAAUUAUUUCAUCUGUAGGACAGUGUUUCCGAACCUUGGUUUUUGACCUUUGCCAACCCCCUCCCUUUUUUCUACUAGUACGUGUUUAAGGACAGGUGCACAUGAAUGAAAAAAAAAUGAACUCACCUGCACUCAUGUCACAGUUUGCUGCUCUGGUUUCUUACUCAAAUUAUUUUGCAAUCAAUCUAUUUAAUUCUGUUUUGUGUUUGUAAUAAAUUUAAAAUCAUUAAUAUAAUUAUGAUGAAACAAAAAUAGUUAUUAAUAUGAUGCGAUGUACAACAAAAUGACCGUUUUGAAAACAAUGAAUUUUUCAGACAGUGAAGUCUAAUAGACAGGCUCUCUUACGUGACUUGGUUUAUCUUUGAAAAGUUAAAUUCAUGUCAUAUUCCCAUGGGGAUUCCCUGAGUGCAGUAAUGUAAUAACUACAUUUUCCAUGAUGCUGUGCUUGUCUUUAGACUAGGUGUUAUGGGAAGCUUAUGCCACAAGUUUAUACAGUUGAUAAUUGGAGCUUUGACAGGCAUGAGACAAAACAUAGGUGAGAAUAAGAGUGUUAAUUUUUAGGGAACUCUCCAAGUGCCCAAAGCACUACAGCACACACGCCGUCGUUGUUCUGGUGCCAGGAAUUA